GCAUGUCGGUGCCGACCACCAUUGCUUGAACUUCUCUCAACUUGCACACGAGACCACAUCGGUAAUAUUGUUUGUUGGCCAGCGGGAAGAUUUAAUUCACGUUAAAGUGCAAAACACGCGAGCAAGGUAGCCAGCAGUGAGAGAUGGGGGAGGGGCGAGGGCGCCACACUUGUCGGGUGCUGUCCACCUGCUGCGUCCUUUGCUGCUGCUUGUUGGUGCACCAAGGGUGCGGCGCACAAAGCCAUUCCCUUGAUGACUCCAAAGAGCCAGUGGCUGAGCUCCUGAAGAAAUAUGGUGACGGAAGUGUCAUCACUCACGAGGGACUAGAGUCGCUGUUCAAAGAUCUGAAAAUUCACCAUCAUCACACUGAAAAAAAGUCGAAUGGAAGCAAGGACCAUGAUUCUAGACCAACUCUUCCAGCAUGUAAAGUCGAACCUCAGCUCUCAAGAGAGUCUUUGGCCUCUGCUUGUCCCUCGCUGCUUCUACAAGUAGUUGAUCCGUCCUAUUGUUCAGAGGAGCACAAACAUGAACAUGACACACUGCCUGGCUAUGUGUGGAUGUAUGCAGUGGUCAGCAUAGUUGUGAUAUCAGCCUGUGGCUUGCUAGCUGUGGCAGUCAUUCCUGUGAUGCAGAAGAUGUUUUACCAUCAAAUGAUACAAUUCCUCGUGUCUCUUGCUGUCGGCACCCUUUGUGGAGAUGCGCUUCUUCAUUUAUUACCCCACGCCAUGUCAGGAGGUCACAACCAUGACACAGAGAGCAGAAAAAAUGUAUGGAGAGGAUUUGUUGGUCUGGUCGGCAUUUUGCUCUUUUUCUUUAUGGAGAGGUGCCUCACUGUUAUCUCAGAAUGGAGACGGAGAAAUCUCAAGAAAAAGAAAAAGCAAGUUGUACCAAAGGUAAAAGUCAUGAAUGACUCGGAGCAAAUGCAAGGAAACAGCGUUGUUGGAGAGAAACUGUGCAAACACAAAUAUAGUUCCUACCCCUACUGCUACGAGGAAAUUACUGGGAAAGCCAGUGCUGAGGCCGGAGAGAAAAAGGCAGAGCAGUCUGAACCACUGACGGAGGUGCACGAGAAGAAUGAAGCCUUAUCACCGGUGCUGGUGGUGAGCCAAGAUGGAAAACUGGCUGAAGAAAGACACAUGGAAGAGGAAGAAAGCUGCACAGUGAUAGUGCGUGAGCAUGCGAGAGAGCACCACGGCCACUCUCACUCGCACGGCCACGUGCACUCUGCUCCCUCGUCGCUGAGCUCUGUCGCUUGGAUGGUCAUCAUGGGUGAUGGGUUGCAUAAUUUGACUGACGGCAUGGCCAUUGGGGCUGCCUUCGCCAGAGGCCUAACGGGCGGCUUCUCGACCGCCACGGCCGUUUUUUGUCACGAACUUCCACAUGAGCUAGGUGAUUUUGCGGUGCUUCUCAAAGCAGGAAUGAGUGCCAAAGAAGCCAUUUACUACAACCUGCUUUCUUCAUUAUUGUGUUUUGUGGGAAUGCUCAUUGGAAUCACAAUUGGACACUCUGAAAAUGCUGCGGAGUGGAUCUACGCAGCCGCAGCAGGAACUUUUCUCUACAUCGCUCUGGUGGACAUGAUUCCUGAGCUUACAAAUGGUCACUCCAGUGGUUCGUGGAUGCAGACUUUGAUUUUGCAAUUGUGUGGAAUGUCGCUUGGUGUGGCUAUCAUGAUGCUGAUUGCCUUUUACGAGGAGAACUUGCACAACUUGUUCAACGACUGAAGCAGUCGAGUAUCUCAAUUAGGGGCCUAAUUUUUUGAUUUUCCAGUAUUACUUUCAUAAAUUUGGAAGCAUUUUAAAUUGGUACACAUCAAAGUUAAAGAGAGGUGCUGACAAAUGUGCUUUUUGGAACGAGAAGUACCACAUUGGUAUGAUUUUGCAUUUUCACACUGGACCCAGAAACGGCUAGCAUUUUGAUUUUACCAAAAAGUGUGCAAUGAUGCCCUCUCGGUAUUUUUGUGCUUGUAGAAUGUUCCGACGAUGUAAGUUUGUUCCUAUUUGAUUAAGUUUGCCAGUUUUAACUCCAGCAAUUACUCAAACCGCAUCAACACUAGAUCCAUAUUCCGAGCGUGAUACAUAUUUGGCAUUAACAAAUUUUCUGCAUUUUUGUAACUGGCAAAGCCUCGAUGGCUGGUCUCUCCAUUGUAAAAAAUUUGUUAAUCAUUAAUUUCUUCUGAUCAAAACGGUAAUUAUUGUAGGUUUAAACUGAGCAUUUUCAUGGUAUGAAUACUUAAAUCACCAAAUAAUAAAAUCGAAUGUUUUGUAAUGAAACACGAGCAAA